AGAGGAUGCAAACCCCUCCCGACACCCACCUCACUCCAUCAUCCGUGAUACCCAAUCAUGGGGCGAGGUGUGUGUGUGUCUCACACACACACACACACACACACACACACACACAGAGAGACGGGGAGGGGUGCGUUUCUGCAGCACCUACAUGAAAGCCGGUGAGAAUGUGCCAAGGAAGGGUUUUACUUUUGCCCUGACAGAUGGAAAGGGACCUAUCACUGUCAUCCCUCUUCUGUCAGGACAGACUCAAGCUGGUUUGCUGGGGAAGAAGAAGGGAUUGAGAAGGAGCUAGGGCCCCUCCUGGGGAGUGGGGAGGGAUCGUGUUCAGCACUAUGGUUUUGUCGUAGUUACUACUGCUGCUGUAACAGAAAUACCGCAAGUGGAUGGCUUUAACAAAGAGAAAUUUAUUCUCUCACAGUCUAGUAGACUACAAGUUCAAAUUCUGGUCGCUGGCUCCAGGGAAAGGGUUUCUCUUUCUGUUGACUCUGAGGAAGGUCCUUGUCAUCAGUCUUCCUUUGGUCUGGGAGCAUCUCAGCGCAGAAACCUCAGGGCCAAAGGAUGCCCUCUGCUCCCUGUACUGCUUUCUUGGUGCUAUGAGGUCCUCUGUCUCUCUGCUCGCUUCUCUCUUUUAUAUCUCAAAAGAGAUUGCCUUAAGACACUAUCUAAUCUUAUAGAUCUCAUCAAUAUAACUGCCACUACUCCAUCUCAUUACAUCAUAGUGACAGGAUGUACAACACAUAGGGAAAUCAAAUCAGAUGACAAAAUGAUAGACAAUGAUACAAUACUGGGAAUCAUGACCUAGCCAAGUUGACAGAUAUUUUGGGGGGACACAAUUCAAUCCAUGACAGGCUUCAUUUGUAUAUCUGUGUUCAUAUAAUCAUAAGACCAUAUAUUCUUGUUCUUUCCUUUUGACUUCAUGCAUUCAACGAAUAUUUAUUGAGCAUUUCCCUUGUACCAAGAACAGGUAGGGGCUGGACAUGCAGAGGUAAAUGCUUUGGGGGGCUGGAGAUCAUGUACACAGUGGGCCAUGGCUGAAGAUAAGGAAGGAGGAGGUGCGGUCCUAUCUCCCUCAAGUAGGUACCAAGUGGUGCAGGUCAGAGCAGACACAGUAAGAUAGCAGGAAAGAGGCAGGGAACGAAGGACACCUACUGCACCAAUGAGCUGGACCGUGUGUUGGGGAGAAGGGAGUUGGAGAGAUGGAGAGCCUUUUCUGGGGGAUGUAGAAGCCAAAAAGAAAGUAGCAGGGUUCAAGUGGAAUUUGGAGGGGUAAGAGGGCUGAGAGACACAAAGUAUAGAAUAGAAUGUGUCUGCUUCAAUGUUUAUCUGUGUUCAUAUUCAUGAUUAAGUUAGUUAAUACAUGGAAAUCACUUAGAGCAGUACCUGGCGUAUUGUAAGAGCAAAUAUAGGUGUUAGAUACUAUAUUGUAAUUAUUACAGCUAUUAUUAUUAUAUGGGAUGCUAUGUGUUCUGAGAAUGUACUAGGCUGUGAAACUAAUGGGUGCACUUCCAGCCUUUACAGGUGCCACAUUCUCUAAAAGUCCACCAGUAGUAUUCAUCCUCAGGUGAAACAUUGCACUAAGAUUCUUCUUUAAAUAUGUUGCUGUUGUUGUUGUUAGGUGCUGUCAAGUCGGUUCCGACCCAUAGCGACCCUAUGCACAACAGAACGAAAAACUGCCUGGUCCUGUGGCAUCCUGAAAAUCGUUGUCACGCUUGAGCUCAUUGUUGCAGCCACUGUGUCAAUCCACCUCGUUGAGGGUCUUCCUCUUUUCCUCUGACCCUGUACUCUGCCAAGCAUGAUGUCCUUCUCCAGGGACUGAUCCCUCCUGACAACAUGUCCAAAGUAUAUAAGAUGCAGUCUCGCCAUCCUUGCUUCUAUGGAGCAUUCUGGUUGUACUUCUUCUAAGACAGAUUUGUUCGUUCUUUUGGCAGUCCGUGGUAUAUUCAAUAUUCUUCGCCAACACCACAAUUCAAAAGCGUCAACUCUUCUUCAGUCUUCCUUAUUCGUUGUCCAGCUUUCACAUGCAUAUGAUGUGAUUGAAAAUACCAUGGCUUGGGUCAGGCGCACCUUAGUCUUCAAAGUGACAUCUUUGCUCGUCAACGCUUUGAAGAGGUCCUUUGCAGCAGAUUUACCCAAUGCAAUGCGUCUUUUGAUUUCUUGACUGCUGCUUCCAUGGCUGUUGAUUGUGGAUCCAAGUAAAAUGAAAUCCUUGACAACUUCAAUCUUUUCUCCAUUUAUCAUGAUGUUGCUCAUUGGUCCAGUUGUGAGGAUUUUUGUUUUCUUUAUGUUGAGGUGUAAUCCACACUGAAUGCUGUGGUCUUUGAUUUCAUUAGUAAAUGCUUCAAGUCCUCUUCACUUUCAGCAAGCAAGGUUGUGUCAUCUGCAUAACCCACGUUGUUAAUGAGUCUUCCUCCAAUCCUGAUGCCCCAUUCUUCUUCAUGUAGUCCAGCUUCUCGGAUUAUUUGCUCAGCAUACAGAUUAAAUAGGUAUGGUGAAAGAAUACAACCCUGACGCACACCUUUCCUGACUUUAAACCAAUCAGUAUCUCCUUGUUCUGCCCGAACAACUGCCUCUUGACCUGUAUAAAGGUUCCUCAUGAGCACAAUUAAGUGUUCUGGAAUUCCCAUUCUUUGCAGUGUUAUCCAUAAUUUGUUAUGAUCCACACAGUCGAAUGCCUUUGCAUAGUCAAUAAAACACAGGUAAACAUCGUGGUAUUCUCUGCUUUCAGCCAGGAUCCAUCUGACCUCAGUAAUGAUAUCCCUGGUUCCACGUCCUCUUCUGAAACUGGCCUGAAUUUCUGGCUGUUCCCUGUCGAUAUACUGCUGCAGCCGUUUUUGAAUGAUCUUCAGCAAAAUUUUGCUUGCGUGUGAUAUUAAUGAUAUUGUUCUAUAAUUUCUGCAUUCGGUUGGGUCACCUUUUUUGGGAAUAGGCAUAAAUAUGGAUCUCUUCCAGUCAGUUCGCCAGGAAGCUGUCUUCCAUAUUUCUUGGAAUAGACGAGUGAGCACCUCCAGCGCUGCAUCUGUUUGUUGAAACAUCUCAAUUGAUAUUCCAUCAAUUCCUGGAGCCUUGUUUUUCGCCAAUGCCUUCAAAGCAGCUUGGACUUCUUUCUUCAGUACCAUCGGUUCCUAAUCAUAUGCCACCUCUUGAAAUGGUUGAAUAUCGAUCAAUUCUUUUUGGUAUAAUGACUCUGUGUAUUCCUUCCAUCUUCUUUUGAUGCUUCCUGCGUCAUUUAAUAUUUUCUCCAUGGAAUCCUUCAGUAUUGCAACUUGAGGCUUGAAUUUUUUCUUCAGUUCUUUCAGCUGGAGAAACGCUGAGUGUGUUCUUCCCUUUUGGUUUUCCAUCUCCAGCUCUUUGCACAUGUCAUUAGAGUACUUUACUUUGUCUUCUCGAGAGGCCCUUUGAAAUCUUCUGUUCAGUUCUUUUACUUCAUCAGUUCUUCCUUUUGCUUUAGCUGCUCGACGCUCAAGAGCGAGUUUCAGAGUCUUCCCUGACAUCCAUCUUGGUCUUUUCUUUCUUUCCUGUCUUUUCAGUGACCUCUUGCUUUCUUCAUGGAUGAUGUCCUUGAUGUCAUUCCACAACUCGUCUGGUCUUCGGUCACUAGUGUUCAGUGGGUCAAAUCUAUUCUUCACAUGGUCUCUAAGUUCAGGUGGGGUAUACUCAAGGUCAUAUUUUGGCUCUCAUGGACUUGCUCUGAUUUCCUUCAGUUUCAGCUUGAACUUGCAUAUGAGCAACUGAUGGUCUGUUCCACAGUUGGCCCCUGGCCUUGUUCUGACUGAUGAUAUUGAUCUUUUCCAUUGUCUCUUUCCACAGAUGUAGUCAAUUUGAUUUCUGUGUGUUCCAUCUGGCGAGGUCCAUGUGUAUAGUUGCUGUUAUGUUGGUGAAAGAAGGUAUUUGCAAUGAAGAAGUCGUUGGUCUGGCAAAAUUCUAUCAUUCGAUCUCUGGCAUUGUUUCUAUCACCAAGGCCAUAUUUUCCAACUACUAAUCCCUCUUUUUGUUUCCAACUUUCACAUUCCAACUGCCAGUAAUUAUAGAUGCAUCUUGAUUACAUGUUCGAUCAAUUUCAGAGUGCAGCAGCUGAGAAAAAUCUUCUAUUUCUUCAUCUUUGGCCCUAGUGGUUAGUGUGUAAAUUUGAAUAAUAGUUGUAUUAACUGGUCUUCCUUGUAGGCGUAUGGAUAUUAUCCUAUCACAGACAGCGUUGUACUUCAGGAUAGAUCUUGAAACGUUCUUUUUGACAAUGAAUGCAACACCAUUCCUCUUCGAGUUGUCAUUCCCAGCAUAGUAGAGUAUAUGAUUGUCCGAUUCAAAAUGGCCAAUACCAGUCCAUUUCAGCUCACUAAUACCUAGGAUAUCGAUGUUUAUGCAUUCCAUUUUUGACGAUUUCCAAUUUUCUUAGAUUCAUACUUCAUACAUUCCAGGUUCCCAUUAUUAAUGGAUGUUUGCAGCUGUUUCUUCUCAUUUUGAGUCAUGCCACAUCAGCAAAUGAAGGUCCCGAAAGCUUUACUCCAUCCACAUCAUUAAGGUUGACUACUUUGAGGAGGCAGCUCUUCCUCAAUCAUCUUUUGAGUGCCUUCCAACCUGGGGGGCUCAUCUUCCAGCACUAUAUUAGACAAUGUUCUGCUGCUAUUCAUAAGGUUUUCACUGGCUAAUGCUUUUCAGAAGUAGACUGCCGGGUCCUUCUUCCUAGUCUGUCUUAGCCUGGAAGCUCAGCUGAAACCUGUCCUCCACGGGUGACUCUGCUGGUAUCUGAAUAGCGGUGGCAUAGCUUCCAGCAUCACAGCAACACACAAGCCCCCACAGUACGACAGACUGACAGACACGUGGGGGUCUUUAAAUAUAGAGACAUGAAAAGAACAAGAAAAGAAUACAUAAUUUUAGCCGAAUAACAGAUUGGCUCAGAAAAUAAAGAAUACUACCAGUGAGUACUGUGCACCUUUAAAAAAUCAUCUAUAUGAGAGGAAAUGGUCAACAGUCACUCUAAAGCAAAGAUAAAGAAUGUAAGGCAGCACGGAAGCCAGAUUACUAGAAACCAACCAUCCAGAAUAUAAUUAAUGAGAAUGUUGACACAUUGUGAAAAAUGUAACCAGCAUCACUGAAUAAUUUCUGUAAUAAUCGUUGAACAGGAACCUAACUUUCAAUAAAAACACAAUAAAAUGUUAUUUAAGAAAAGAAUAUGUAAGUAGAAAUAUAGCAGAAAAUGAAAUAAUAUAAAAUAACUGAUUAAUCCAACAAAAUAUAAGAAGAAAUAAAGGAACUCAUACACACACACCAAAAAAAAACAGAUGGGACAAUAAUUACGGUGCCUUGGUGGUGCAAUGGUUAAGCACUCAAUGGUUCAAACUCACCCAGAGGCUCCUUGGAAGAAAAGACCUGGCGGUCUGCUCCUGUAAAGACUGUUGUUGAUAUUAGAUAGGCCCAUAAGACAAACUGAGACUAAAGGGGCACACCAGCCCAGGAGCAAAGACUAGAAGGCAGGAGGGUCAGGAGAGUUAGUAAUAGGAAACCCAAGGUCCAGAAGGGAGAGUGUCGACAUGUUGUGGGGUUGGUAACCAAUGUCACAAUACAACAUGUGUACUAAUUGUUUAAUGAGAAGCUAAUUUGUUCUGUAAACCUUCAUCUAAAGUACAAAAAAAAAAAAGUUGUUAGGUGUGAUCUAGUCAGUUCCCACUCACAGCAACCAUAGCGACCCUAUGUACAACAGAUUAAAACGCUGUCUGGUCCUGUGCCAUCCUCAUAAUCCUUGGUAUGUUUGAACCCAUUGUUGCAGCCCCUGUGAUAAUCCAUCUCGUUGAGGACCUUCCUCUUUUUUGCUGACUCUCUACUUUACCAAGCAUGAUGUCCUUCUCCAGGGACUGGUCCCUCUUGAUAACAUGUGCAAAGUAUGUGAGACGAAGUCUCACCGUACUCACUUCUAAGGAGCAAUCUGGCUGUACAUCUACCAAGACAGAUUUGUUCGUUCUUUCGGCAGUCUGUGGUAUAUUCAGUAUUCUUUGCCAACAUCAUAAUUCAAAGGCAUCAAUUCUUCUUUGACCUUCCUUGUUUAUUGUCCAACUUCCACAAGCAUAUGCAGCAAUUGAAAAUACCGUGGCUUGGGUCAGGCGUGCCUUACUCCUCAAGGUGACAUCUUUGUUUUUUAACACUUUGCAGAGGUCUUUUGCAGCAGAUUUGCCCAAUGUAAUGUCAUUGGAUUUCUUGACUGCUGCUUCCAUGGGUGUUGACUGUGGAUCCCAGCAAAAUGAAAUCCUUGACAGCUACAGUCUUUUCUCUGUUUAUGUUUAUCAUGGUGUUGCUUAUUGGUCUGGUUGUGAGGAUUUUUGUUUUCUUUAUGUUGAGGUGUAAUCCAUACUGAAGGCUGUGGUCUUUGCUCUUCAUCAAUAAGUGCAUCAAGUCCUCUUUGCUUUCAGCAAGGUUGUAUCAUCUGCAUAUUGCAGGUUGUUAACGAGUCUUCCUCCAAUCCUGAUACUGCAUUUCUUCAUAUAAUCCAGCUUCUCGAAUUAUUUGCUCACCAUACAGAUUGAAUAAAUACGGUGAAGGAUACAGCCCUGACACACACCAUUCCUGAUUUUAAGCAACGUGGUAGGUAUCUCCUUAUUCUGUUCAAAUGACUGCCUCUUGGUCUAUGUAUAGGUUCUGCAUGAGCACAAUUAAGUGUUCUGCAAUUCCCAUUCUUCACAAUAUUAUCCAUAAUUUGUUAUGAUACACACAGGCGAAUGCCUUUUCAUAGUCAAUAAAACACAAGUAAACAUUUUUCUGAUAUUCUCUGCUUUCAGCCAAGAUCCAUCAGACAUUAGCAAUGAUAUCCCUCGUUCUACGUCCUCUGCUGAACCCGGCUUGAAUUUCUGGCAGUUCCUGUCAAUGUAAUGCUGCAGUCACUUUUGAAUGAUCUUCAGCAAAAUUUUUCUUGCGUGUGAUAUUAAUGAUAUUGUUCGAUAAUUCCUGCAUUCUAUUGGAUCACCUUUCUUUAGAAUGGGCACAAGUACGGAUCUCUUCCAGUUGGUUGGGUAGGGAGCUGUCUUCCAAAUUUCUUGGCAUAGACGAGUGAGCACUUCCAGUGCUGCAUCCGUUUGUUAAAAUAUUUCAAUUGGUAUUCUGUCAGUUAAUGCAACCUUGUUUUUCACUAAUGCCUCCAGUGCAGCUUGGACCUCUUCCUUCAGUACAAUUGCUUCCUAAUCGGCAAAUUGUCUUUGGUACAGUGACUGUGUGUUCCUUCCAUCUUCUUUUGAUGCCUCCUGUGUCAUUUAUUAUUUUCCCCGUAGAAUCCUUCAAUAUCGCAACUCGAGGCUUGAGUUUUUUCUGCAGUGCUUUCAGCUUGAGAAAUGCUGAGUGUGUUCUACCUUUUUGGUUUUCUAACUGCAGGGUUUUUCCCUUUGAGAGCUUCUGUUCAGCUCUUUUACCUCAUUAUUACUUAUAUUCACUUUAGGUACUCUAUGUUUAAGAGCAAGUUUCAAAACCUCCUCUGACAUCCAUUUUGGCCUUUCUUUCUUUCCUGUCUUUUUAAUGACCUUUUGCUUUCUUCGUGUGUGAUAUCCUUGAUGUCAGCUCAUCUGGUCUUCAGUCAUUAUUGUUCAAUGCAUUAAAUCUAUUCUUGAGGUGGUCUCUCUAAAUUCAGGUGGGAUAUCCUAAAGUCAUACUUCUGCUGUUGUGGACUUGUUUUGAUUUCCUUCAGCUUCAGCUUGAACUUGCGUAUGAGCAAAUGAUGGUCUGUUCCACAGUCGGCCCUGGACUUGUUCUGAUGAUAUUGAAUUUCUCCAUUCUCUUUCCACAGAUGUAGUCGAUUUAAUUUCAGUAUAUUCCGUCUGGCAAGAUCCAUGUGUAUAGUCGCCAUUUACAUUGUUGAAAAUAAGUAUUUCCAAUGAAUAGGUCAUUGGUCUUAUAAAACUCUAUCAUGCAAUCUCCUGCAUCGUUUCUUUCACCAAAGCCCUAUUUUCCAACUACUGAUUCUUCUUUAUUUCCAGCCUUCUUGCAUCCCAUCACCAGUAAUUAUCAGUGCAUCUUGACUGCAUGUUUGAUGAAUUUCAGACUAUAGAAAUUGUAAUUAAUUUUUAAAUUUUUUAAUUAUUGCACUUUAGAUGAAGAUUUAUAGAAAUUAUUUUCUCAUUAAACAAUUAGUACACAUAUUGUUUAGUGACAUUGGUUACCAACCCCAUGACAUGCCAACACUCUCCCCUUCUCGACCUUCAGUUCCCUGUUACCAGCUUUUCUGUCCCCUCCUGCUUUCUAGUCUUUGCCUUUGGACUGGUGUGUCCCUUUACUCUUGUUUUGUUUUAUGGGCCUGUCUAAUCUUUGGCUGAAGGGUGAAUCUCAGGAGUGACUUCUUUACUGAACUAAAGGGGUGUCCAGGGUCCAUACUCUUGGGGUUUCUCCAGUGUCUGUCAGGCCAGUAAGUCUGGUCUUUUUUUGUGAGUUAGAAUUUUGUUCUACCUUUUCCUCCAGCUCUGUCCGGGACCCUUAAUUCAGAUUGCAGAAGUUGGUAAAAAUCUUCAAUUUCUUCAUCAUAAAGAUUACAGCCUAAGAAACCCUAUGGAGCAGUUCUGCUCUGUCAUAGAGGGUGCUGUGAGUUGGAAUCGACUUGAUGCCACACAACAACAACAUAAGUAAUUACAAUAAUAACGAAUGGACUAAAUACUCCAAUAAAAAAUGUCAAAUUGAACUUUUAAAAAUCAAAUAUACUGUUACAUUUAAAUAUAAGAACACAGAAAAGUUGAAGUAAAAGGAUGGGAAAGCAUACACUAAUCAAAAGAAAGCUGAUGUGGCUGUAUUAACUUCAGACAAAGUAGACUUUAAGUCAAGAAAUAUUACCAGAAAUAAAGAGGGAUGUUUUAUAAUGACAAAAUGGUUAAUUCAACAGAAAGAUAAAACCGUCCUAAAUGUAUAUGCACUUAUAGCUUUAAAAUGUGCAAGCUAAAAGAUUACAGAACUAAAUGAGUAGUAGACAAACCCACAAUUAGAGUUUGAAAUUUUAACACAACUGUCAAUAACUAAUAGAACAAGUGAACAAAAAAAAAAAUCAGUGCAGAUUUAGAAGAUUUGAAUAACAUCAUUGAGCAACUUGAUCUAAUUGACUUAAAUAGAGCUCUAUACUCAACAACUUAAGAAAACACAUUCUUUUCAAGUGCACAUGAAAUAUUUACCAAAAUACAUCAUAUGUUGGGCUAUAACCUGUUGCCAUCGAGUUUGUUCUGACUCAUAGUGACCCUAUAGGACAGAGUAGAACUGCCCCAUAGGAUUCCCAAGGCCGUCAUCUUCACAGAAGCAGACUGCUACGUCCUCUUCCUACAGAGCAGCUAGUGGUUUCAGAUUGCUGACCUUUCUGUUAGCAGUGGAGCAUUUAACCACUGCACCACCAGGGCUCCUUGUUGUGCUAUAAACCAGGUAUCAACAAAUUUUCAAUGAUUGGAAUUAUACAGAGUAUGUUCUCUGACUCAGCAGAAUUAAACUAGAAAUCAAAGCAAAAAGAUAACUAUAUUCUCAAAUAUUUCAAAAUUACUCAACAUGCUUCCAAAUAAUUCAUAAGUCAAAGAAGAUAUUACAAUGGAAAUUAGAAAACAUUUUAAAAAUAUAUGAUUAUGAAAAUAUGACAUAUCAAAACUCACAGGAUGCACCUAGAGCAGUGUCCAGAAAGAAAUUCAUACCUCCAGUUGCAUAAUUUAGAAAUGAAGAAAAAUUGAAAAGUAAUGAUAUAAGUUUCUAGAAGCUACAAAAAGAAGAGCAAAUUAAUCAAGAGAGUAGAGGAAGGAAAUAAUAAAGAUAAUAGCAGAAAUCAAUAAAUAGAAAAUAAGCAUACAAAUAAUGAAAAUAAUUCCAAAAAAGUUUUAAAAAAUACAUUAAUAAAAUUGAUAUACACCUGGCAAGACUGAUAAAAGAGAAAGAGGGAAGGAGACUGAGAAAGAGGAAGAGAGAGAACACAAAUUACCAGUUAUCAGGAAUGAUAAAGGGAAUCACUAGAUAAUAAUGGUUUCUAUUCACCCACAGCAAGAGAGGAAGAAGGAGAGUCAGGAAUAGGAGGAGGAAAUGGAAUGUGUGACUAACUGCCUCCAUGAACAACUGCCUCUUUUGCCAUGAGACCAGAACUGGCUGGUGUCUGGCUGCCAUUACUGAACAUUUAAAUCAAAGAUUCUAUAGUAGAAUCCUGAUCCAAAAGGGGGAAGAUGUAGAACAGAAUUUAAAUUCUUAUGGGCUCCAGACUUUCUGGAGCCAUGAAAGCUACAUGAACCCCUGAAACUAUUGCUCUGAGAUAAUCCUUAAACCUUAAACCAAAAAUAUCCCUUGAAGUCUUCUUAAAACCAAACAAUAGUUUCGCUUAGUAAAAAUGUCUGCCUUGAGCAUUAUGCUAUUUUAGGAACUGUCUAUAUAAGAUCAAAUUGACAACAGCAAUGCAAAAGAUUGCUCUCUAAGGCUCAUUAGAUAGGAACCUUAAAGGGCAGUGAGUUGAUGUUAAUGGGGGAGGAACAACUGAGAAAAGGAGGGUGAAAAUGGCUGCACAACUGGGAGAAUGUAAUCAAUUUCACUGAAUUAUACAUGUAGAAACUGUCUAAUUAGUGUAUGUUUUGCUGUGUAUAUUCUCAAAAACAAUACAAUAAAUACAAUUUAAAUAGAUAAUAAAAGUAUAUAUGAAAAAGUUUAUGCCAAUAAACCAGAUAAUUUAGAAGAAAUGGUCAAAUUCCUUAAAAACUGCAGCUUACCAAAACUGAAGCAAGAAGAACUAGAAAAUCUGAGUAGUCCUACACCAAUUAUAGGAAUUGAGUCUGUAGUUAAAACUUCCAAAAAUAUAUCUCUAAGCAGAGAUGGUUUCACAGGUGGAUUUUUCCGAGCAUUAACGGAGAAAUAAUACCAUUCUUAUACAAAUUAUUCCAAAGACCAGACAUAGAGGGUCAGUUCCCAACUUGUUUUUGAGGGAAGCAUACAUAACCUUGAUACAAAAACGUUACAGAAUAAGAGCAAAAACUAUGAUAUCUCAGUAAAGUAAGAAAAACUGAUAAAAAUCCACACUCUCAUUAAGCUAGGCAUAGAAGGAAGCUUCCUUAAUAAAAACACCUUUUGGGUUAAAUUCUGAACACAUUCUCUCUGAGAUCAGGAACAAGUCAAGGAUGUCCACUAUCACCACAUCACUCACCACUUCUGUUUUACAUUGUACUGGAGUUCCUAGCAAGUGCAAUAAGGCAAGAAAAACAAAGAAAAGAUAUAUAGGUGGGAAAGGAAGAAAUAAAACUAUCAUUAUUUUAGAUUAUAGGGCUGUACAUGUAGGAAAUUCAGAAGAAUCUACAGACUAUUAAAAUUAAUAAGUAAAUUUAGCAAGAUCCCUAGACACAAGAUAAAAAAAAAAAUUUAGCAAGGUCCCUAGACACAAGACAGAUAUAUAAAAAUCAAUUUUGUUUUUAUAUAGUAGCAACAAACUGGGAAACCCUGGUGGCAUAGUGGUUAAGUGCUACGGCUGCUAACCAAAGGGUCGGCAGCUUGAAUCCACCAGGCGCUCCUUGGAAACUCUAUGGGGCAGUUCUACUCUGUCCUAUAGGGUCGCUAUGAGUUGGAAUUGACUCGACGGCACUGGGUUUGGUUUUGGUUUUGGUAGCAACAAACUAUUACAAAAUGAAAUUUAAAAAAAUACUACUUAAAAUAGAAAAAAAAAAAGUAGGAAUGAACUUGCCGUUUUUUCUUUUGGAGAGACACAGGAAAUAAACAAGCAGGGUAUAAGGCCGCAUAGAGGUGGUAAACUUGAACAGAGUCAUGAAUAACAACCUGCACAAUUGUCAGGGGAUGACAAUCAACUGGCACAAUUGUCUUUCACUUUAAAUCUUUUUUGAAGUCUGACUUUUUCAGCUGUUACUGUCUUGCCCAUUCUUACCAUUCUGCAGGACUUCUUGGUCGGUAACGUGAGUAGGAGCCAGCUCGAUGAGAGAGUGGUGGAUCCACUCACCCUUUUUGGUGAUCUUGGUUGCAGUGCUGGGGGUUUGUUCUCUUGCUGGGUCUAUAGUGCUCCAGGUCUUGACACGGAGAGAGAGACUUCAGGUUGUGGAAGAGUCUGUCACGUCAUGUACCUGUAAAGAGAGUCAAGCACCACUGCCACAGAACACAAAUAUUGUUCAAUAGCGAGCUAGUUUUGUGCAUGUCUCUAGUCUCCAAGGUAUCCUCAGGACCCAGAGUAAUGAAGCCCUCCCACAAGGUACAGAGGAGGAGACGCCCAUACAUAAGCUCAAAAAGGCUUACCUUAGGUUUGGUUUGAGGUGCAACCCUGGUCCUGAACAGAGCCAAGGGAAGGGUCUUAGCCCAUGCUAAUUACGUCUUCUUGCAGGGUUUGGCCUGGUGGGCUUCAAUAGUCUAGUUUACCUUUUUCUUGCAAUCUUUUUCCAGAACAUAUUCCUGGAGCUUAGUCUCCUCUUACGCUGCCAAGAAGAUCUUGUUGGCUCCUUUUUUUUUAAGUAGUGGUCUUUAAUAUUGAGAGGGACCAUACAGAGUGACAAGUGGUGCAGAGCCAGCUGUUCACAAGACUCUAAAACCUGAUCCAGUAGCAGAACGAAUCAGUAUAUUUACAUUUAGAUUUUUCCUGGAAACCCCGGACAGUCUAGUCUGGAGCCAUCCCUCCCUUUCUUCUCUACCUUUCUACUUCCUUCUCAUGUUUUUGUUUUUUCUUCAUUUUUCUUGCUCUCUACCUUUUUACUCUUUCAAGCCUCAUCAGUUGUUUCUUCCCUGUCUGGUCCCUAUGAGUAUUAAACACCUAGUUGAGUUGGCAUUCAAGGUCUAUAACAACAGGGAAGACCUAUAAAGGUCUUCUGUAGCUUAUGGCAAGCUAGAAUCAGUCACUACUAUUGGGGUCACGAUUCUUGCUGCUUGCUUGGCCUGUAAGCCAGCCCUUUGGUGGCCUUGGGCCACUACUGUAUCUUCUUGUUGAUGUCUUUUGCAGUGUACCACAGCCAGAGCAGCGGGGAGUGACAAUGCCUCAAGGAGUUGUAAAAUCUGUUGGCCAUGUUUGAUUUCUUUACUGACCCAAUUUAAAAGCUUUGUUUGCUUCCACAAAGUCUCAUAUACAUGUAAAACUGACAACACGUACUCCGAGUCUAUAUAAAUGGUCACUCACUUGGACUUGGCCAGCCACAAGGCCAGGAUCAUACAACCAGCUCAGCUUUUUGGGCUGAGGUUCCAUUUGGGAGAGCAUUUGCCUCGAGGGCCUCAGCGUGGCUGACAACAGCAUAGCCCACUCUCCUUUAGCCAUCCUCAACGAAGCUACUCUCACCUCUCAAGAUCUCUAAACUGGUGUCUCUUAGACGUUGAUUUUGUGGGUCUGGACGGCUGGCAGGGCCCAGGCCCACCGUCCGGACAUAGUCAUGGUGGACUGAGUUUCCCAGGGACAGAGUGAGAAGAGGGCUGGCUGAAUCUGGAGCAGCAACAGAUUGGAGCAAUGUGCUGGGAUUACUGACUGGAGAGGUCUGGUGUUGAGUUACUUGGUACUCACUCUCUCGGGACGCUUUCUUUGUCAGUGGCCCUCUUGCUCACAAUAUGCACACUGGUUCUCUCCCAGCGGGGGUCAGGGCCAGGCCUCGCUAGGGUCCACAGGCCUUUUCUUCUUAGAGGCCUAUACCAUUUCGGUACUGUUGCUGCUGUUGCUGGUAGGGCAACCUGGCACUUCCUGCCUUUGUCUUCUUCCCUGUUGUUAUAGACCUUGAAUGCCAACUCAACUAGGUGUUUAAUACUCAUAGUUACUCUUCUUUCUAUUUUGUGAAGUUGGUUCUCAAUAUUUGGUGCACACUGUCUUAUACAAAUAUUAUUGACCAUGUGAUCGUUUGUUGGAUCUUUUGGCUCUUGAUCAGUAUAUUCUCUAAAGGUCCUAUAACUCUUUUGAGGAAGGUUGCACAAUCUUCAUCUUUACACUGGUUAAUUUCAUAUACUUUGUUCCAAUCUAAGAGCUUAGGCACUCCAUAUCUCAGGCUCACUAAAAGGCAGUCCCAAUAUCGGGUGAGCCUACUGUAUUCCACUGUGCAAUUGUGGUCCCAGUGGGGUCUUGAAGGGGGAAGAUGUCAUUGACUCCAUCUCUGGUCCAUCAAGCAUCAUGUCGCUUCUGGAUUUCCUCUCUGGCCAUCUUCCGCUCUUCUAGGGGUAGGAAGGUGCUUAAGAGAGACUGACAGCCUGCCCAGGUGGAAUCAAAAGAGUUAAAGACAGCAGUAAACGGUUCAUACAGUUUCUUUGGUUUCUGUCAACAUCCUGAGGUAUUAUUCUUCUAGUUAAUCAGGUCUGCUGUACUAAAGGGAACCUGGCCCCUAUUUGCCGCUGGAGUUGUUUGAUGGAGGGGAUACUGGCCAGGGGCUAGCCCUCCCUGUUGGCUGUGUUCUGGCUUUGCAGCACCCAGGGCCACAUUUGUCUCUCCAUAGGGUGUCCCCCCUUCAUAUGGGGCGAUGGCAAUGGAAAAUUCUCAGGACAUUUGAACUACCUUCCCUGGUUAAUUCUCCACCCUUUCCCCCCACCCAGCACAGAUUCAGGAGGGAGCCGCACACACUUUUGGAGUUGUAAGGGCUAUUCAUCACUAACCCUGGUGGCAGGACGGUGGGCUCUCUCUUUUUCCCACGAUUACAACUGAAUUUAUCUCAGUUCUCUGAAGAAUACCUUAAGGGUGAAUGCUUUGGAAUGUUUUUAGAAUCAUCCCUGUUCCUACAGUCACACACAGACACACAGACAGAUGAACAAUGUGUUUUAAACACGUUCAGAUAGAAGGACACCCCCACAACCUAGAGGAGCGCCCACCAGACAGACACUACCAAUGCAAAAAGGACAUCCCUAAACUAAAAAACCAAAACCAAAACCAGGACUUAACUAAAAUCAAUGACCAUAAAUUAAAUUACCUGUUUUUUGCUGUUGGAGAGCAGAGAUAGAAAUAAAGGGAAAGAGGAAAAGAGUGCUCCGAAAGAAAAAUUGUCAUAAUGGCAGGGCAACCUCUGAGGGACUUAAAUACCCUCUAUCAACUACCAGUUAACCUUGGGUGAUCACAGAUGGACAAAGAUUGUCACCGAUGGCAGAGUGACCUGACACUCUUGGUUUCAGAUGGGGCUGAGGAUGGGUCCCAGGGGCCACGAUGCCCACUUCCCUUGUUUUACAACCCUUGGGGUCAAGUCUUAGGACUGCGCUGUUGUCACCUUCUUCUUUGCCUAGCUCCCCGGGGGGACUGUUACCCCCUCGGGGGAUUUUAAGCCCCCUCAGAUGACCAGUGGAACAACGUGGUCCCAGGUGCACUUAACAAUUCAGAGGCCUUUCCCAUCCAGUUUCCAAUUUCUGUUUCCGAGCUGAGGUAGGGACCCAGUGGACCUCGUCCUGGGGCGGGGAUCAUGGUGACCACCUGAAACUCCUUACCGACCAAACGGGGUUACGAGGGUCCGGAUGCUCACUGCCCAGGUUUUACAGUCUGAAAGUCCCGGCGGAGUCGCCAAAAUCUGCGCCUGAACAAGGGUUCUUGUCCUGUCCUAUUAGCCGAUCUAAAUAAGACAGACAGCACACCACCAGCUGCAAGGGAAAAAGAAAGUGGAAAUUUAUUGUCUGCGCAGACAAGGAGCAACAUGGGCUCUAGCAACCAUAAGGCCACAUGCUCCCUGUCUGAGGGAGUUGGGGAGCUUUUUAUUUCCAGUGGCGUCUGGGGGUUGGGUUUGGUGCCUGGAACUCUCUGCCCUUAGCCCUCCCAUGUCCACAUUUGGAGGUCCGGAUGUUGAAUCAUGUCAGUGAUGUUCAGGUCCAAGGACAGACUGAGGACAGAGCUCCUCAGGUCCUGCACAUGUGCCAAAAUCUUGGUUCACGCACGCACAGGAUUCUGGCACCAAAUUCAAACUGUGGUUAUGGCCACAGCAUGGAUGGCCCAAAUUGCAGUUGGAAGCAGGCUGUGAGGGGGCCAGUGAACUAUGGCAGAGCAUGGGGGGAGGUCUUGGUGGAAGUUUCACAAUGACUUCUUUGUUACAAAUAUCUUUUUUCAACAAUGUAAACAGCGACUAUACACAUGGAGGAAACCCUGGUGGUGUAGUGGUUAAGAGCUAUGGCUGCUAACUGAAAGGUCAGCAGUUCAAAUCCAUCAUGCGCUCCUUGCCAACCCUACAGGGCAGUUCUACUCUGUCCUAUAGGGUCACUAUGAGUUGAAAUUGACUCGUUGGCAACGAGUUUUGGUUUUGGUGUACACGUGGACCUCACCAGAUGGAAUACACAGGAAUCAAAUCGACUACAUCUAUGGAAAGAGACAUUGGAGAAGCUCAAUAUCAUCAGUCAGAACAAGGCCAGGGGCUGACUGCAGAACAGACCAUCAAUUGCUCCUAUGUUUUUUUAAAUUCAAGUUGAAGCUGAAGAAAAUUAAAGCAAGUCCAAGACAGCCAAAAUAUGACUUUGGGUAUAUCCCACCUAAAUUUAGAGACCAUCUCAAGAAUAGAUUUGCCACAUUGAACAAUAAUGACUGAGGACCAGACGAGUUGUGGAAUAACAUCAGGGACAUCAUACACAUCAUACAUGAAGAAAGCAAGAAGUCAAUAAAAAGACAGAAAAGAAAGAAAAGACCAAAAUGGAUGUCAGAAGAGACUCUGAAGAUUGCUCUUGAACGUUGAGUAGCUAAAGCGAAAGGAAGAAAUGAUAAAGUAAAAGAGCUGAACAGAAGAUUUCAGAGGGCACCUCAAGAGGACAAAGUAGAGUAUUAUAAUGAAGUGUGCAAAGACCUGCAAUUAGAAAACCAAAAGGGUAGAACACACUCAGCAUUUCUCAAGCUGGAAAAACUGAAGAAAAAAUUCAAGCCUCAAGUUGCAAUAUUGAAGGAUUCUACAGGGAAAAUAUUGAACGACCCAAGAAACAUCAAAAGAAGAUGGAAGGAAUGCACAGAGUCACUGUACCAAAAAGAAUUGGUUGACAUAUAACCAUUUCAGGAGGUGGCAUAUGAUCAAGAACCAAUGGUACUGAAAGAAGUCCAAGCUGCACUGAAUGCACUGGCGAAAAACAGGGCUCCAGGAAUUGACGGAAUACUAAUUACGAUGUUUCAAUGAAUGGAUGCAAUGCUGGAAGUGCUCACUUAUCUAUGCCAAGAAAUUUGGAGGACAGCUGCCUGGCCAACUGACUGGAAAAGAUCCAUAUUUGCAGCCAUUCCAAAGAAAGGUGAUCCAACAGAAUGUAGGACUUAUCGAACAAUAUCAUUAAUAUCACACACAAGUAAAAUUAAGCUGAAAAUUAUUCAAAAGUGGCUAAAGCAGUACAUUGACAGGGAACUGCCAGAAAUUCAAGCCGGAUUCAGAAGGGGACACAGAAUGAGGGAUAUCACUGCUAAUCUCAGGUGGACCAUAGCUGAAAGCAGAAAAUACCAGAAAGAUGUUUACUUGUAUUUUAUUGACUAUGCAAAGGUUUCAACUGUGUGGAUCAUAACAAAUUACAGGUAACAUUGCAAAGAACAGGUAUUCCAGAACACUUAAUUUUGCUAAUGUGGAACUUGUACAUAGACCGAGAGGCAGUCCUUCAAACAGAAUAAAGGGAUAUUGCAUAGUUUAAAGUCAGGAAAGGUGUGUGUCAGGGCUGUAUCCUUUCACCAUACUUAUUCAAUGUGUAUGCUGAGCAAAUAAUUCAAGAAGCUGGACUACAUGAAGAAGAAGAGGAAGACUCAUUAACAACCUGUAUUAUGCAGAUGACACUUUGUCAUCUUGUGUUUUGAAAGUGAAGAAAACUUGAAGCACUUACUGAUGGAGAUCAAAGAUCACAGCCUUCAGUAUGGAUUACACCUCAACAUAAAAGAAAACAAAAAUCCUCACAACUGGACCAAUGAGCAACAUCAUGAUAAAUGGAGAAAAGACUGAAGUUGUCAAGGAUUUCAUUUUACUUGGAUCCACAAUCAACAGCCAUGGAAGCAGCAGUCAAGAAAUCAAAUGAUGCAUUGGAUUGGGCAAAUUGGCUGCAAGAGAUCUCUUUAAAGUGUGAAAAAGCAAAGAGAUCACCUUGAGGACUAAGAUGUGCCUGACCCAAGCCAUGGUGUUUUUGUUUGCCUCAUAUGCAUGUGAAAGCUGGACAAUGAAUAAGGAAGACUGAAGAAGAACUGACGCAUUUGAAUUGUGGUGUUGAUGAAGAAUAUUGAAUAUACCAUCUACUGCCAAAAGAACAAAUAAAUCUGUCUUGGAAGAAGUACAACUAGAGUGAUCCUUGGAAGCAAGGAUGGCAAGACUGUGUCUCACAUACUUUGGACAUGUUGUCAGGAGGAAUCAAUUCCUAGAGAAGGACAUCAUGCUUGGUAAAGUAGAGGAUCAGUGAAAAAGAGGAAGACCUCAACGAGACAGACUGACACAGUCGCUGCAACAAUGGGCUGAAGCAUACCAACAACUGCGAGGAUGGUGCAGGACCAGGCAGUAUUUUGUUCUGUUGUCCAUAGGGUCGCUAUGCGUUGGAACAGACUUGCUGGCACCUAACAACAAGAAACCAAAAGAGAUCUACAUAAAUGGAAGAACAUACCAUGCUCAUAGACUGGUAGAUUCAACGUUGUGAAAAUGUCAAUUCAACCCAAAGCAAUCUAUUAAAAACAAUGCAAUCCCGAUCCAAAUACCAAGAGCAUUCUUCUUUAAAGAGAUGGAGAAACUAAUCAUUAACUUUGUAUCAAGAGUUAAGAGGCCCCAGAUAAAAUUAUCUACCAUAAAGAGAGUGAAAAAGCAUAUCACAGAAUAGGUGACGAUAUAGCAACAGGUAUGACUGACAAAGGGCUUGCCUCCAGGAUAUAUAAAGAUUUCCUAUAAAUUGAUAAGAAGAUGGGCUGAUUUUUUAAAAAUAAUUUUUAUUGUGCUUUAAGUGAAAGUUUACAAAUCAAGUCAAUCUCUCACACAAAAACCCGUAUACCCCUUGCUGCACACUCUCAGAUAGCCUGCUCUCUCCCUCCACUCUCUCUUUCUGUGUCCUUUUCGCCAGCUUCUAACCCCCUCCACCCUCUCAUUUCCCCUCCAGGCAGGAGAUGCCAACAUAAUCUCAAGUGUCCACCUGAUCCAAGAAGCUCACUCCUCACUAGCAUCCCUCUCCAACCCACUGUCCAGUCCAACCCAUGUCUGGAGAGUUGGCUUCAGGAAUAGUUCCUGUCCUGGGGCAACAGAAGGUCUGGGGGCCAUGACCACUUGGGUCCUUCUAGUCUCAGUCAGACCAUUAAGUCUAGUCUUAUGAGAAUUUGGGGUCUGUAUCCCAACUGCUCUCCUGCUCCCUCAGGGGUUCUCUGAUGUGUUCCCUGUCAGGGCAGUCAUCAGUUGUAGCCGGGCACCAUCUAGUUCUUCUGGUCUCAGGAUGAUGUAGUCGCUGGUUCAUGUGGCCCUUUCUGUCUCUUGGGCUCGUAAUCACCUUGUGUCCUUGGUGUUCUUCAUUCUCCUUUGAUCCAGGUGGGUUGAGACCAAUUAAUGCAUCUUAGAUGGCUGCUUGCUAGCAUUUAAGACCCCAGAUGCCACUCUUCAAAGUGGGAUGCAGAAUGUUUUGUUAAUAGAUUUUAUUAUGCCAAUCGACUUAGAUGUCCCCUGAAACCAUGGUCCCCAGACCCCUGCCCCUGCUACGCUGGCCUUCGAAGCAUUCAGUGUAUUCAGGAAACUUCUUUGCUUUUGGUUUAGUCCAAUUGUGCUGACCUCCCCUGUACUGUGUGCUGUCUUUCAGAUGGGCUGAUUUUAAGAAAGAGGUGGAGAGAGGAGCAAAAGAUUUAAAUAGGCAUUUUACAAAAUAAGAUACCCAAGUGGUCAAUAAGUACAUAAAAAGAUGUACAUCAUUCCUGUCCAGGUAACAUAUAAAAACCAACAUGUACUAUUACCAUACCUCUACCAGUAUGGCUGAACUUAAAAGGACUAAGAAUUCUAAGUAUUGGCAAGGAUGUGGCACAACUGGAACUUUCAUACAGUGCUGAUGGGAGUGUAAAUUGGUACGGUCACCUUGGAAAACCGUUUCCAGUAUCUACUAAAACUAAACAUAUGCCUACACUGUGACCAAGUAGAAAUGAGUACUUAGGUCCCUCGAAAGUCAUGUGUGAGAAAGUUCAUGGCAGUUUUAUUCAUAAUAACCAAAAACUUGAAAUAAUCCAAAUGACCAUCAACAGUAGAAUGGACACAUAACUUAUGACAUAUCUAUAUAAUGGAUGGAAACCCUGGUGGCAUAGUGGUUAAGUACUACAGCUGCUACCCAAGAGGUCGGCAGUUGGAAUCUGCCAGGCGCUCCUUGGAAACUCUAUGGGGCAGUUCUACUCUGCCCUAUAGGGUCAUUAUGAGUCGGAAUCAACUUGACAGCAGUGGGUUUGGUUUGGUUUUUAUACAAUGGAUUACUACACAGCAGUGAAAGAGGACUACUGCUCCACUAACUGAAGAACACAGUCACAAAAGAGUAUAUACUGUAUAAUUCCAUUUACAUGAAGUUCAAGAACAGACAAAACUCUCCAGAAUAGACCACACCUUAGGCCACAAAACAGCCCUAACAGAAUCCAAAAUAUUGAGAUAAUACAAAGCAUCUUCUCUGAUAACAACAUGAAAGUAGAAAUUAACAACAGGAAGAGCAAGCAAAAAAAAAUCAAAUACAUAGAAACUGAAUAACACCUUGCUUAGAAACCACUGGGUAACAGAAGCAAUCAGAGAUGGAAUAAAAAAAUUUCUAGACUCAAAUGAGAAUGAAAACACAUCAUACCAAAACCCUAUGGGACACAGCUAAGGCAAUGCACAGAGGUCAAUUUAUAGCAAUAGGAGCACGCAUCAAAAAAAGAAGGGACAAAAUCAAAAUGUUAGCCAUACAACCUGAACAAAUAGAAAGAGAACAGCAAAAGGAGCCCACAGCCACAAGAAGGAAGGAAAUAAUAAAGAUCAGAGCAGAAAUAAAUGAAAUAGAGAAUAGAUAACAAUAGCAAGAAUCAACAAAACCGAAAGUCAUUUAUUUGAAAGGAUCAAGAAAAUCAACAAACUAUUGGCCAAAUUGACAAAAGAAAAACAAGAGAGGAAGCAAAUAACCCAAAUAAGAAAUGAAAUGGGGGACAUUACAACAGACCUAACUGAAAUAAAAAGAGUCAUAACAAUACUAUGAAAAACUACUCCAACAAAUUUGAAAAUCUAGAGGAAAUGGACACAUUUCUAGAAACACACUACCUACCUAAGCUAACACAAACCGAGGUAAAAAAAAUCUGAACAGACCCGUAACGAGAAGAGAUUGAAAAAGUAAUAAUAAUAAAAAUCUGAACGAAAAAAAGCUCUGGCCCAGAUGGCUUCACUGAAGAAUUCUACCAUUCAGGGAAGAGCUUGCACCAGUACCACUAAAACUAUUUCAGAACGUAGAAAAGGAAGGGAUACUUCCAGAUUCAUUCUGUGAAACCACCAUAAUCCUGAUGCCAAACCAGGCAAAGACACCACAAAAAAAGAAAAUUACAGACCAAUAUCUCUCAUGAAUAUAGAUGUAAAAAUUCUCAACAAAAGUCUAGCCAAUAGAAUUCAGCAUCAUAUUUAAAAACAAACAACAAAAAAACCACCACAGCCAAGUGUGAUUCAUGCCAAGUAUGCAAAGAUGGUUCAACGUUAGAAAAUCAGUCAACAUAAUCUACACAUAAAUAAAAGAAACACAUGAUCAUCUCAAUGGACACAGAAAAGGCACUCGAUAAAGUCCAAAACUCUCAAUAAGAUAGGAAUAGAGGAGAAACUCCUCCACAUGAUAAAGGGCAUCUAUACAAAACCCAACAGCCAGCAUCAUUCUCAAUGGAGAGAGGCUGAAAACAUUCCCUUGAGAAUGAAAAUAAGACAAGGAUGCGCUUUAUUACCACUCCUAUUUAACACUGUGCUGGAAGUCCUAGCUACAGCAGUGAGGCAAGAAAAAGAAAUAAAGGGCAUCCAAAUUGGUAAGGAAGAAGUAAAACUCUCCAUAUUUACAGAUGAUAUGAUACUAUACAUGCUGUUGUUAGGUGCCGUUGAGUCAAUUCUGACUCAUAGCGCCCCACGUACAACGGAACAAAACACUGCCAGGCCCUGCGCCAUCCUUACAAUUCUUGCUAUGCUUGAGCCCUUUGUUGCAGCCACAGUGUCAGUCCAUCUCUUUGAGGGCCUUCCUCUUUUCCACUGACCCUCUACUUUACCAAGCAUGAUGUCUUUCUCCAGGGGCUGAUCCCUCCUGUCAACAUGGCCAAAGUGUGUAAGACACAGUCUCGCCAUCCUUGCUUCUAAGGAGCAUUCUGGUUGUACUUCUUCUAAGACAGAUUUGUUUGUCCUUUUGGCAGUCCGUGGGGAAAAAAAAAAAAAAAUUGUUCUUUGCGAACACCACAAUUCAGAUGCGUCAAUUCUUCUUCAGUCUUCCUUAUUCAUUGUCCACCUUUCACAUGCAUAGGAAGCAACUGAAAAUACCAUGGCUUGGGUCAGGCCCACCUUGGUCUUCAAGCUGACAUCUUUGCUUUUCAACACUCUAAAGAGGUCUUUCGCAGCAGUUUUGCCCAAUGCAAUGCGUCAUUUGAUUUCUUGGCUGCUGCUUCCAUGGGUGGUAACCCUGGUGGUGUAGUGGUUAAGUGCUAGGGCUGGUAACCAAGAGGUUGACAGUUCGAAUCUGCCAGGUGUUUCUUGGAAACUCUAUCGGAGUUCUAUUCUGUCCUAUAGGGUCGCUAUGAGUCGUAAUCUACUCGAUGGCAGGGGGUUUGGUUUCCUGUUUUGGGUGCUUCCAUGGAUAUUGAUUGUGGAUCCAAGUAAAAUGAAAUCCAUGACAACUUCAAUCUUUUCUCAUUUUAUCAUGAUGUUGCUUAUUGGUCCAGUUGUAAGGAUUUUUGUUUUCUUUAUGUUGAGGUGUAAUCCAUACUGAAGGCUAUGAUCUUUGAUCUUCAUCAGUAAGUGCUUCAAGUCCUCUUUACUUUCAGCAAGCAAGGUUGUGCCUUCUGCAUAACACGGGUUGUUAAUGAAUCUUCCUCCAAUCCUGAUGCCCCGUUUUUCAUAUAGUGCAGCUUCUCGGGUUAUUUGCUCAGCACAGAGAUUGAAUAGGUAUGGUGAAAGGAUACAACCCUUACACACACCUUUUAUGACUGAACCACUCAUUAUCCCCUUGUUCUGUCUGAACAACUGCCUCUUAACCUAUGUACAGGUUCCUCAUGAGCACAAUUAAGUGUCUGGGAUUCCCAUUCUUUGCAAUGUUAUCCAUAAUUUGUUAUGAACCACACAGUCUAAUGCCUUUGCAUAGUCAAUAAAGCACAGGUAAACAUCCUUCUGGUAUUCUCUGCUUUCAGCCAGGAUCCAUCUAACAUCAGCAAUGAUAUCCCUGGUUCCAUGCCCUCUUCUGAAUCUGGCCUGAAUUUCUGGAAGUCCCUGUCAAUAUACUGCUGCAGCCACUUUUGAACAAUCUCCAGCAAAUUUUUACUUGAGUGUGAUAUUAAUGAUAUUGUUCGAUAAUUUUCGCAUUCGGUUGGAUCACCUUUCUUGGGAAUAGGCAUAAAUAAUGGAUCUCUUCCAGCCAGUUGACCAGGUAACUGUCUUCCAAAUUUCUUGGCAUAGGCUAGUGAGCACUUCUAGCACUGCAUCUCUUUGUUGAAACAUCUCAACUGAUAGUCCGUCAAUUCCCGGAGCCUUGUUUUUCGCCAAUGCCUUCAGUGCAGCUUGGACUUCCUCCCUCAGCACCAUCGGUUCCUGAUCAUAUGCUACCUCUUGAAAUGGAUGAACAUCGACUAAUUCUCUUCUUUUGAUACUUGCUGCGUCGUUUAAUAUUAUUUUCCCCACAGAAUUCUUCACUAUUGCAACUCGAGGCUUGAAUUUUUUUUCUUCAGUUAUUUCGCUUGAGAAAUGCUGAGCGUGUUCUUCCCUUUUGGUUUUCUAUCUCCAGCUCUUUGCACAUGUCAUUAGAGUACUUUACUUUGUCUUCUCAAGCCACCCUUUGAAAUCUUCUGUUCAGUUCUUUUACUUUAUCAUUUCUUCCUUUUGUUUUAGCUGCUCGACGCUCAAGAGCAAGUUUCAGAGUCUCCUCUGACAUCCAUCUUGGUCUUUUCUUUCUUUCCUGUCUUUUCAGUGACCUCUUGCUUUCUUCAUGGAUGAUGUCCUUGAUGUCAUUCCACAACUCGUCUGGUCUUCGGUCAUUAGUGUUCAACACCUCAAAUCUAUUCUUCAGAUGGUCUCUGAAUGCAAGUGGGUUAUACUCAAGGUCAUAUUUUGGCUCUCAUGGACUUGCUCUGAUUUUCUUUAGUUUCAGCUUGAACUUGCAUAUGAGCAACUGAUGGUCUGUUCCGUAGUCAGCCCCUGGCCUUGUUCUGACUGAUACUGAUCUUUUUCAUUGUCUCUUACCACAGAUGUAGUUGAUUUGAUUUCUGUAUAUUCCAUCUGGCGAGGUCCAUGUGUAUCAUCACCGUUUAUGUUGGUGAAAAUAGGUGUUUUCAAUGAAGAAGUCACUGGUCUUGCAAAAUUCUAUCAUUUGAUCUCUGGCAUUGUUUCUAUCACCAAGGCCAUGUUUUCCCGCUACCAACCCUUCUUCAUUUCCAACUUUCAAAUUUCAAUCACCAGUAAUUAUCAGUGCAUCCUGAUUGCAUGUCCAAUCAAUUUCAGACUGCGAAGCUGAUAAAAAUCUUCAAUUUCUUCGUCUUUGGCCUUAGUGGUUGGUGCGUUAACUUGAGUAAUAGUUGUAUUAACUGGUCUUCCUUGUAGGUGUAUGGAUAUUAUCCUAUCGCUGACAGCGUUGUACUUCAGGAUAGAUCUUGAAAUGUUCUUUUUGACAAUGAAUGCAACACCAUUCCUGUUCAAGUUGCCAUUCCCGGCAUUGUAGACUAUAUGAUUGUCCAAUUGAAAAUGGCCAAUACCAGCCCAUUUCAGCUCACUAAUGCCUAGGAUAUGGAUGUUUAUGCAUUCCAUUUCAUUUUUGAUGAUUUCCAAUUUUCUUAGAUUCAUAUUUUGUACAUUCCAGGUUCCGAUUAUUAAUGGAUGUUUGCAGCUAUUUCUUCUCAUUUUGAGUUGUGCCACAUCAGCAAAUGAAGUCCCAAAACCUUUACUCCAUCCACAUCAUUAAGGUGGACUCUACUUUGAGGAGGCAGCUCCUCCCCGGUCGUCUUUUCAGUGCCUUCCAAACUGGGAGGCUCAUCUUCCAGCACCAUAUCAGACAAUGUUCCACCGUUAUUCAUAAGGUUGUCAUUGGUUAAUUCUUUUCAGGAGUAGACUGCCAGGUCCUUCUUCCUAGUGUGUCUCAGUCUGGAAGCUCAGCUGAAACCUGUCCUUCAUGGGUGACACUGCUGGUAUCUGAAAACUGGUGGCAUAGCUUCCAGCAUCACAGCAACACACAAGCCCCCACAGUAUGACAAACUAGCAGACACGUGGGGGACACCAUACAUACUAUACAUGUUGUUGCUGUUGUUAGGUGCCGUCGAGUCAGUUCCGACUCACAGCGAUACCUAGGCAUGACAGAACGAAACACUGCCCGGUCCUGCGCCAUCCUUACAAUGGUUGUUACGCUUGAGCUCAUUGUUGCAGCCACUGUGUUAAUCCACCUCGUUGAGGGUCUUCCUCUUUUCCGCUAACCCUGUAAUCUGCGAAGCAUGAUGUCCAUCUCCAGGGACUGAUUCCUCCUGACAACAUGUCCAAAGUAUGUAAGAUGCAGUCUCACCAUCCUUGCUUCUAAGUAGCAUUCUGGUUGUACUUCUUCUAAGAGAGAUUUGUUCUUGUUUUGGCAGUCCAUGGUAUAUUCAAUAUUCUUAGCCGAAACCACAAUUCAAAGGCAUCAGUUCUUCUUCGGUCUUCCUUAUUCAUUGUCCAGCUUUCACAUGCAUAUGAUGCAAUUGAAAAUACCAAAAAGAAUUAGUCGAUGUUCAACCAUUUCAAGAGGUGGCAUAUGAUCAGGAACCGACGGUACUGAAGGAAGAGGUCCAAGCUGCUCUGAAGGCAUUGGUGGAAAACAAGGCUUCAGGAAUUGAUGGAAUAUCAUUUGAGAUGUUUCAACCUACAGACACAGCGCUGGAGGUGCUCACUUGUCUAUGCCAAGAAAUAUGGAAGACAGCUUCCUGGCCAACUGACUGGAAGAGAUCCAUAUUUAUGCCUAUUCCCAAGAAAGGUGAUCCAACCGAAUGUGGAAAUUAUAGAACAGUAUCAUUAAUAUCACACGCAAGCAAAAUUUUGCUGAAGAUCAUUCAAAAACGGCUGCAGCAGUAUAUUGACAGGGAACUGCCAGAAAUUCAGGCCAGUUUCAGAAGAGGACCUGGAGCCAGGGAUAUCACUGCUGAUGUCAGAUGGAUCCUGGUUGAGAGCAGAGAAUACCAGAAGGAUGUUUACCUGUGUUUUAUUGACUAUGCAAAGGCAUUCGACUGUGUGGAUCAUGACAAAUUAUGGAUAACAUUGCGAAGAAUGGGAAUUCCAGAACAUUUAAUUGUGCUCAUGAGGAACCUUUAUAUAGAUCGAGGCAGGUGUUCAGAUAGAACAAGGAGAUACUGAUUGGUUUAAAGUCAGAAAAGGUGUGCGUCAGGGUUGUAUUCUUUCACCAUACCUAUUUAAUCUGUAUGCUAAGGAAAUAAUACGAGAAGCUAGACUGUAUGAAGAAGAUUGGGGCAUCAGGACUGGAAGAAGACUCCUUUACAACCUGCGUUAUGCACAUGACACAACCUUGCUUGCUGAAAGUGAAGAGGACUUGAAGCACUUACUGAUGAAGAUCAAAGACCACAGCCUUCAGUAUGGAUUACACCUCACCAUAAAGAAAACAAAAAUCCUCACAACUGUACCAAUGAGCAACAUCAUGAUAAACGGAGAAAGGACUGAAGUUGUCAAGGAUUUCAUUUUACUUGGAUCCACAAUCAACAGCCAUGGAAGCAGCAGUCAAGAAAUCAAAAGACGCAUUGCAUUGGGUAAAUCUGCUGCAGAGGACCUCUUUAAAGUGUUGAAGAGCAAUGAUGUCACCUUGAAGACUAAGAUGUGCCUGAGCCAAGCCAUGGUAUUUUCAAUCGCAUCAUAUGCAUACUGUACAUAAAGAACACUAAAGACUCCACAAGAAAACUACUGGAACUAAUAGAAAGAUUCAGCAGAAUAGCAGGAUACAAAAUAAGCAUACAAAAUCAGUUGGAUUCCUAUACAUCCGUAAGGAGAACUAUGAAAAGAAAAUCAGGAAACCAAUAUCACUUAUAAUACCACCUAAAAAAAAUAAAUAACUUAGGAAUAAAUACAUAGGGAUGUAAAAGACCUAUACAAAGAAAAUUACAAUACACUACUGCAAGAAACCAAGAGACUUACAUAAAUGGAAAAACAUACCAUGCUCAUGGAUAGGUAGAUUCAACAUUGUGAAAAUGUCAAUUCUACCCAAAGCAAUCUACAAAUACAGUGCAAUCCCGAUCAAAAUACCAAUAGCAUUCUUUUUUUUAACAAGAUGGAAAAACUAAUCGUUAACUGUAUAUGGAAUGGAAAGAGGCCUCGGAUAAGUAAAGCAUUACUGAAGAAAAGGAACAAAGUAGGAGGCCUUGCGCUACGUGACCUCAGAAUCUACUACACAGCUACGGUAGUCAGAACAGCCUGGUACUGGUACCAUGACAGACACAUUGAUCAAUUGAACAGAAUCAAGAACCCAGAUGUAAAUCCACCUACCUAUGGCCACCUGGUCCUUGAAAAAUGCCCAAAGUCCAUUAAAUGGGGAAAAGACAGUCUUUUUACCAAAUGGUGUUGGCAAAAGUGGAUAUCCAUCUGUAAUAAAAUGAAACAGGACCCAUACCUCACAACAUACACAAAAACUAACUCAAAAUGGAACAAAGACCUCAAUAUAAAACCAGAAACUAUAAGGAUCAUGGAAGAAAAAAUCGGGUCAACACUAAGGGCCCUAAUAUACAGCAUAAACAGGAUACAAACCAUAAUUAACAACACAUAAACACCAGAAGAUAAGCUAGGUAACUGGGAUCUUCUAAACAUUAAACACUUAUGCUCACCAAAAAAGUAAAAAGAGAACUUAUAGACUGGGAAAAAAAUUUUGGCUACAACAUAUCUUACAAAGGUCUAAUCUCAAAAAUCUAUAGGAAAAUCCAACAUCUCUGCAAUAAAAAGACAAAUAAUCUAAUUAAAAAAUGGGAAAGGAUAUGAACAGACACUUGACCAGAGAAGACAUUCAGGCAGCUAGCAGACACAUGAGGAAAUGUUCGCGAUCAGUAGCCAUUAGAGAAAUGCAAAUCAAAACUACAGUGAAACACCAUCUCACCCUGACAUUACUGGCAUGAAUAAAAAAAGCAGAAAAUAACAAAUGUUGGCAAGGUUGUGAGCCUGGAAGUCUUAUGCACUGCUGGUGCGAAUACAAAAUGGUACAACCAUUUUGGAAAACAAUAUGGCACUUCCUUAAAAAGCUAGAAAUAGAAAUACCAUACAAUCCAGCUAUCCCACUCCUAGGAAUAUAUUCUAGAGAAAUAAUAGCCGUCACACGAAUAGACAUAUGCACACCCAUGUUCACUGCAUCAUUAUUCACAAUAGCAAAAAGAUGGAAACAACCUAAGUGCCCAUCAACAGUAAACAAACUAUGGUACAUACACCCAGUGGAAUACUACGAAACAGUAAAGAACAAUGAUGAAUAUGUGAAACGUCUAACAAGAUGGAUGAAUCUGGAGGGCAUUAUCCUGAGUGAAAUAAGUCAAUCACAAAAGGACAAAUACUGUAUGAUACCACUAUUAUGAAAAUGUUUCCACAUAGGAAGAUACCUGAAAGAAAGGAAGAUACUUAGGAAGAAACAUGAAAAUGUUUCCACAUAGGAAGACUUCAUCGUUAUGAGAGAGGGGAGGGGUGAAGAGGAAAAAAAAAAAUUUUUUUUUUUUAGAUAGUACAUAAGUGGUAACUUGGGUGAAGGUUAAGACAGGCAGUACAUAAUACUAGGGAAGUCGGCACAACUUGACCAGGGCAAAGUCAUAGAAGCUUCACAGACACAUCCAAGCUCCCUGAGAGACUGAGCUACCGGGCCGAGGGCUGGGGACCAUGAUCUUGGGGGAUAUUUAGCUCAAUUGGCAUAAUAUAGUCUAUAAAGAAAAUGUUCUACAUCGGACUGUGGUGAAUAGUGACUGGGGCCUUAAGAGCCUGCAAGAAGUCACCUAAGAUACAGCUACUGGUCCCAUCCAGGCUGAAGCAAAGGAGAAUGAAGAAGACCAAAGACACAAGGGAAAGAUUAGUCCAAAUGAAAAAUGGACCACAACUACAACCUCCACCAGAAUGAGCCCAGACAACCAGAUGAUGCCAGGUUACCAUGACCAACUGCUCUGGCAGGGAUGACAAUAGAGGGUCCCGAACAGAGCGGGAGAAAAAUGUAGAACAAAAUUCAAAUUCACCAAAAAAACAAAAAACAAAAAAAACCAGGCUUGUGGGUCUGACAGAGACUGGAGAAACACCAGGAGUAUGGCCCCAGGACACCCUCUUAACUCAGUACUGAAGUUACUCUGGAGGUUCACCCUUCAGCCAAAGAUUAGACAGGUCUGGUAUCACAGUAGUUAAAGAGCUUGGCUGGUAACCAAAAGGUCAGCAGUUCGAAUCCACCAGCCGCUCCUUGGAAAUUCUAUGGGGCAGUUCUACUCUGUCUUGUAGGGUUGCUGUGAGUCAGAAUCAACUCGACAGCAAUGAGUUUGGUUUUUGGUUUUAUACAGCCAACGAUAACACGCAUGAGGGAUGUGCUUUGUUAUUCAGUCAUGUAUAUGAGACUAAAUGGUCACACCAGCCCAAAAGCAAAGAUGAGAAGGCAGGAAGGAACAGGAAAACUGUGUGAAUGGAAACAGGGAGACUGGGAUGGAAAAUGGGAGAGCGUUGACACAUCGAAGUGUUGGCAAUCAAUGUCACAAAGCGAUUUUGUGUAUUAAUUGUUUCAUGAGAAGCUAAUUUGCUCUAUAAACUUUCACAUAAAUCCCAAAUAGUUUCAGGGGAGGGGCAAGAGGGAGCCUUCUGGAGUGUUGAAAUACUGAGUAUCUUGAUCUAGGUGGAGGCUACACAGGUGUAUACAUAUAUACAACCAAUUACCAUUGAGUUGAUUCUGACUCACGGUGACCAGUGGUCCAAAUGGUUAACGUGCUUGGCUGCUAAUGAAAAAUAAGUUACUGAAAACCCUACAGAGCACAGUUCUAUUCUGACACACAUGGGGUUGCCAUGAGUCAGAAUCAAGUCAACAGCCACUAGUUUAUACAUGUGUAUAAAUAUGUCCAUUUGUGGUCAGUUAAGACUUGUGUACUUUGCUGUAUGUAAGUUAUACUUCAAUUUAAAAACAAAAAGGGGAAGCAAGGUGGAGAGGUAACCCUGUAACAGGUGACCUCAGGGUCAAUUACUUCACACGAGAGCCAGGAGACAGGACAGAUGCAGGCAUCUGACUAGGGAGUAGAAAUCGCCAGACCAGCUGCAGACGCUCCAUCUUUUGGCAAGGCCUCGUCUGUUUCUGGACCUACAUAUCACUGAGCCCCAUCUAGGGUACCAUCCUGUCCCCUGUGUGUGCCAACCUGCUGAGAGGGGGAAUGAGGAGGUUUGUGGGUAUGAGAGGAGGGACAGGUGACAGUUUAUAUAUAUGGUAAUAAUUUUUUAUUAAGCAAUGCCUGAAGGUAGAGUGGCUUCUAAGCCUCUUCCCUUCUCCUUAGUAGCAUUUCAAACAAUGGUGUGUACACAGUAGGUGGUCAAUAAAUGCUUGUUGAAUGGAUCAAUGCAAGAAUGAACUAGUAGCUUGGUGCCUCAAGGAUCUUUUCAUUUGGAGAAGUACAGGUGCUUUGCCUGCAAGCCAAUGUCUACUGGCAUCAAAAAAUCAUGAAAGGAACAGUUUCAAGAACUCCUAAGAAGAGGUGGAAACUUCUCAUCCAGCUCACUUUAAGCUCUGGUAUCCAGCUUGGGAAGGGGGUGGGUGAGAAGCUGAGAAAGUGCAUGAAAAGUACAUGGGGUUUGACGUCAAGAACCUGGGUCCACAUCUGGCCCUGCCACCUUGCAGCUGUGUGGCCUUGAACAAGUUACUUCACCUCUCUGGUGGUGUCAGCUUCCACAUCUGUAAAAUGCAGAGCGUUCUGCCUGCCUCAGAGGAUGGCAGGGUGGGAAAGUGUUCUGGCAAUUACAAAGCCCUGAGCAGUGACGUCUCAGGAUUCUUCUGGGGGCAACUGAUGACCCAGGGCAUUAAGGAAGUGAUGCUACUGAGGUGGACCCUGCAAGAGGACGAGCAAGCCUGCGGCAAGGAUGGGCAAGGGACAGUGGUCCGCCACGUCAGGGCUUCCCCUCUUCCUCAGCCAUCCUCUAUAUCCGUGGAUCUGCAGGCAGACAGCACUUUCCAGGUGGAGAUCUCAGACGCAGUGAGCGAGCGGGACAAGGUGAAGUUCACCGUUCAAACCGAGGUGAGGCUUCCUGCCUCCAUCAACUUCGCCCAGACGGAGCUCUCGGUCGUGCGGCAGCACGAGGCGUUCAUCUGGCGGCGUGACGCCUACGUGGGCAACGAGGAGUAUGCCGGCCACUCCCUCUGAGCAGAUCCCCCGGCCCCUCCAAGGGCAGUCUUCGAGGCAUCGCGGGAAAAGCUGCAUUAGUUGGGUGAGGGGGUUAGCUCCAACCGGCAAGAGUUUGCCAAAAUGAAGCAGGAGCUAGAAGUAGAGUACUUGGCAACCUCUGAGAAGACGGUCCCCAUGCACGAAGUGUUUCUGCAGCGCCUGGCGGCCCACCCCAUCCUGUGUCAAGACCAUAACUUCUCCGUCUCUUUGGAACACAGCCAGAAUGUGAGCAGGGCCGGAGUGAUAAGGUCACCCCCAGGGCUGGGAACUGAGGCUUGGGGGGUUGGGGAGAAGCAGGGCUGGAGGUGGGCUGGAUGCAGGCGCAGGGAGGGUGGGAGGCGCACGUGCCCCCAGCACCACACCAUCUCCACGAGUGCCUCAGCUGAGCGUCCGACCAAGAACGGGAAGACGGGAAGGAGCUGCUCCGGGGCUUUCUGAAGAACACUGAAAUCUGCAGAUGAAGCCAUUAUCACCGGCAUGUCGGGGCUCAAAGUGGAUGACAGCUUUGAGCACGAGAGAGCCUUCCUGCUAGACCACGACAUGCGCUCCCACAAAUACGGAGGGGCUCUGAUGGGGGUUGUUCCCCAGCAGGCCUGGCAGGCGAUUGAUUAUAUCCCUAUCUCAGCUGUCCUAAGCAAUCUAGGAACACAAGAAGUUAACCAGCUGAAGACGAGCUUCCUAAAAUUGGCUGAACUCUUUGAACCACUAAGGAAGCUGGAGAACCGUGUGGCCUCUGACCAGGACCUGAAGCUAUCAGACAUACUGAGGUAUGACUCACAGGUGGCCAAGGACCUGCUGUACCGAUGGCUAAGGGCACUGGCUGACUAUGAGACUGCCAACAAGGCGCUAGGCAAGACACGCACCAGGAACCAGGAGGUGUGCCCCGAGAGCCACCAGCAGCUGCGGUUCCAGCACUUGAAACGCCUUUCUGAGUCAGCCAAGCAGGAGCUCACGGGCUUCAGGUCCCAUCGUGUCUCCUAUUUCUGCAAGAACCUCACUGAGUUGGCAGAGCUGGAGCUCAAACACGCCAAGGCCAGCACACUGCUGCUCCAGAACACCCCCACUGUCCUCAAGGGGGAGCCUUAGAGCAACCAGAGCACACCAAUCCUUGUCCCUGGACCUCCAGUAACAAGGGGCCCCCAGGCCCCACCUCAGCAGCCACUAGCACACCCCCAGUUCCCCUAGGCCAGCCUGAGCCCGGCCUUUUCAAGAGGAGGGCAGCAUGGCACUGUACUGGCCACAGGUAAGCAGAGCCCCAGGACUGGGCAGCUCCAGAGGCCCUGACCUCCCCUCCCCAGGGUGCUGAGGAUAGCCCCCACCCACCCACCACCCUGGAGGAAAAGCACGUCUACCCCCACCUGUUAUCCACUUAUUAAUAAAGAACCUGGUUUUCUAGCAAGGGGUUUGCUGGAGUCCUCGUUUCCCACACUUGGGCCCACCUUCUGCCAGGGCAUUGUUGAGGCCAUAUUGUGGGACCAAGUCGGGAACAACCUGCGGUGUCCUCAGCAGUUUCUCCAAAGGAACGUGCAGAACUCAGGCUUGGAACCCCAGGAGCAGCCUUCAAGGUUUCCCCCACUCCCACAAACCCUAGCUGGACACGAGUAGAACCAAUUACAAGUCCUCUACCCUGGUUUUUUUAACCAGCAAAGUAGAACUACUCCUUCCUGCCUCCCUUAGAGCUGCUAUUAAGUUCCAAAAAUCUAAAGAACUAGUUCUCGCUCACGCUUUUUCCAGUUCAUUGGUUAAGGGAGGAAGAAUGAACCCUGUGUUACCACCCCCAAUUUAUCCCAGGCGCCUUGGAUACCUUUGCCUGCCAGGCAGGUGAAAGCCCAAAGUGCAGGCUGAAGACAGCAAUGCUGGCAAAAGGCUCCAACCCAGCCACCACCCUCUUGGUUAAACACUGGGAGGUGGGGCCCAAGACACCUGGGUCUGAAGUCCUGGGCUCUACCUGGCUGGCCACACCCUAAGAGGUUCCAACCACAUCUAGAAGGCCAAAGACUCAACUUCACCUGACUCACAGCAGCCACUUGACCUGACCCUCUACUCUCAUAAAUGCGAAUCAGCCAUCCCGCAGAAGAGUCAGAAGAAAGAAAACGAAACAAAAUCUUGAGAACAUAGACAGUACGUUACCACACAACCUGUGACAUGCAAAAAAUCUCACAGCCAAGAAGCCUCAGUGCCCACAGGGAUGAGACCAGAGAUACUCAGUUCAGGCAUAAGGCCACUCUACUUAAAGACCCCCUGCAAGCAGCAGCAGACACACCCUGGCUCCACCACCCCCCAAAUAGCCAAUGUGGCGCUGUUGUAGUACCACCCAGAAAGCAGUAGAGUGGUGAUCUCAGAGAUAGGCUCAGCCAGGCGCUGAGGUAGACCAGGAUGCAUGGGGCUUGCUGGGGAUCACUGUGCAAAGAAGAAAUACUGCUCAUUCUAGCCCAACACCCCUGCAAGCCCCCCAGGCCCCAAGCCUGUAACAAACAUCCCAUUAGCAAGCUUUCCUUUUUUUUUUAAUUGAAGGUUCCUUACUGGCCCUGCCUCCAAACAAGUGGAUGUGACCAGGGGAAGAGAGGAAGGGGAACCAGCCGGCGUGGGGAGGGGUCAUCUCCACAACAUUCCAUUUAUACACAGAACUAAACGGACAAGCACAAAAUCACUAUUGCGGUUAGAAGUUGGCAGCCUGGGAAUGGGGAGGAACAAGUGGGGAGUUGGGGUGUCGUUAAAAAAAAUACAGGCCCCUCCCAAACUGGGGUGCCUGGGGGGACUUGGUCUGCUUCAACCCAAGAGGAAUCAGAAGAUCAAAAGCGAUUUGGGAAGGCCAGAACCUUCGGGGUGGAGGGAAGAGGAAGGUCCAGGGGGUGGGGGCGCUGUUUGGCAACUGGGAUGAAGGGAUUGCCCUCCCCCUGCUCGGAUCCCCCCAGCCUCUCCGGUCUGGCAGGAAGGGGGCAGCCUGCAGCCCCCACAAGCAGGUCUGGGGCUGCCGGAUGUUCCAGGCAGGGGGCUGGAGGGGGCUCACAAUGGCUUGCCCUCCAGGGAGAUGACAGCGCUGCCUCCUAGCUUCUCUGCCAGGGUACAACGGUCCUUGACCUCCUCGAGGCAGUUUGCUUGUACUUCAUGCUUGAUCCCUGGGGUGGGGAAAGAAAAGCAACUGUGAGCAGGAAGCAUGGGGUGUGGGGGCUGGGAGGGAGCCAAUCAGAGCAGACUGACGGGGACAAGGUUACUUUCCAGCAGGCAGGGAAGGGGGACAAUCUCCUCCAUCACGCUAUUCACCGCACCCCGAGCUGCAGGCAUACAGCACCACCAAUGCCAGCCCUUACCUGUCAGCUUCUUCUUGAGGGCGUCCUUGGAGCUAGCAUAGAUCAUUUUGCUCUUAAGGGAUGCACACUCAGGGGCCC